CUUGGGUUUAUUUCCCGUCACUUUUCAAUUGUCGAUUUUCCCGCUUGUGUUCAAGAGAGUUUAGCUUGCUGUUUUUGAGGAGAAAAUCUCAAAUUUUGUCCGAACUGUGAGAAUUAGUCCAGUUUCAAAUCAAAGAUGGCUGACGUAAGUCUGGACACGGAUUCCAACGAUCCACAUGAACUUUAUGCCAGAGGGAUCCGGGCGUUGAUUCUUCAAAACUACGAGGCCGCAUCUGCUAUCAUCAGUAAAGCAGCCGAAUUGUUUGUGGAUUACUACAAAGAUGAUUUGCAUCCAGAGAUGGGUAAAGUCUACCUGGAUUAUGGAAAGGCUCUAUUAGGGUAUUGCCGGGAACAAUCUGGAGCCUUAGGAUGUGCAGUACCAAAGGAGUCUUUAGAUGAACCCGAUGAGGACGAGGGUGCAUGCACAGAAGAAAUGGAUGUUUCUGGAGCGUGUGAUACUGAAGAGGUCGAAGAUAAUGAAGAACCUGAAUCUCAUGACGAACCUAAAGAAACAGCUUCGUGCAGUGCAGAACCGGGCCCUUCAAUAGCUGAGGCGGAGAUGGAAAAUACAAGCAUAGCAGAGGAACCAACUGACUUACAAUUGGCAUGGGAAGUGUUGGAGCUGGCUAAAAGAAUCUUUGAAAAAAGCGGCGACCGAAAGUCUUUAGCGGAAGCCAUGAUUGUGCUUGGGGAAAUUCAGCUAGAAAAUGCAGCAUACGACAAAGCCAUCCAAGAUAUGACAGAAGGGCUAGCUAUUCAACAGGAAUUAUUUGGUAGAGACAGUCGAACCAUCGCUGAAACUUUAUACAAAUUAGGAAUGGCCUAUUGCAUUAAUUCGCAAGUAAAUGAGGCAAUUCACAGUUUCAAAGAGUCACUCGCUUACUUAACGAACAAAAUCAUGGCACUGGCAGCGGAGGACGUUUCCAAGUCUGAGUUUCAGGACGAGAUUACUGAAAUUAAAGGCCUUCUCCCGGAAAUCAAAGAUAGAAUUUUUGAGAUGGAAGCGUUUAAAAAUGAGGCAUUAAAAAAAGCUGCCGAAAAAAUUACUGAGACCUCAAGUUCUGCAGCGUCUGACCCUAGUCCUAGCAGCUCAAAGAAAGCGACCGAUAUUUCCCAUUUAGUCAAACGCAAACGACAAUCUGAAGAAGUCGAUAAAUUGAGUGAAGAAGCCGCGUGUAAGAAACGGGAAGUGGAAGGAAAAAGUUAGUUUAUAUCUUAAGUUUUACUUUUAAAUUAAAAUAAAUUAAAUUACUUUUUUAAUGGUUUCUAUUCUAACUCGUCCACUUUUCAAUCACUAACUAAAGCCUCGUUCAUUUUCAUCAGUAUCAUUAAUUUAGAUAAGAAUUUGACUGUAAAAUUCAACUACUGUAUUCGGAACAUUAAGUUAUUAAAUACUUUUUCAUCGGA